AUGAGGCCGCCCUCAUUCUAUGCCCCGACAACAGCCUCGGCGCUCCUCCUCCUCCUCACAACCGCACUAACGCCCACGCCCACGCACGCGCUUACCGCCACGGCCAUAACGCAGCCGACACUCAACCUCGAUGGACUCGGUCGCGUUGGCAUCGCCGGUGACUUCAGCGGACUCUCGAUCGUCGAAUACGCCGGGCAGUCUGAGACCUCGCCCUUCGCCAAUGGCACUCAGAGCCUGCUGUCGCGGCUGCCCAACGGCGUGUUCACGACGCUCGCGUCGUCAGACGCGCAGAUCCAGGCGCUGUGCGUGCACGAGCUUGCCGACGGCACCGUGAAGGGCAUCUUUGUGGGCGGGAACUUUACGGGGCUGGGGAAUGUUGCGGCGAGCGGCGUGGCGCUGUGGAGUCCGGAGGAUGGGAGUGUGAUGGCGCUGGCGGGGCUAGCGGGGAAGGUGCAUGCGCUGCUGUGCGAUAGGGAGAAGGGGACGGUGUAUGUAGGCGGGGAUUUUAAGGCGAAUGAGAGUAAUAGUAGUAAUGCGAUCUCGUGGGUGGAUGGGAAGGGGUGGACGGACUUGCCGUUUGAUGGGUUUAAUGGGCCCGUGAAGUCGAUUACGGCGACGGCGAAUGGGACGGUGGUGUUUGGGGGGAGCUUUACGAGCUUGGGGAAUGCGUCGAGUCCGUUGGUGAGGCAUGCGCAGACGGUUAAUUUGGUGUCGACGAAUAUCACGGCGACGCAGACGACGGAUUUGGCGGGGUUUAAUGAUCCCUCAAGUAUUGUGUGCUCGGAGGGUACGAGCAAUCAGUGGUUGACGCGGGAUGGGCAACUGGGGUCUUGGACGGCUGGGUUCAAGUUUGAAUUCAAGCCAACAAAGUUGAAGCUGAGGAAUGCCGAUCAUGAGGGCCGGGGAACCAAGAUAUUUAGGUUCACUGCAUUCCCACUAGCUGGUAUCAUGAAUCUCACAUAUACCGACUCUUCCACCAACGAGACCAAGUUUUGUGAUGCGUGGUGUGAAUUGGGUGAAGGAGCUACUCAGGAAUAUUUCUUCGUAAAUGAUGUCAAUAUGAAUGCAAUUCGAAUCGAUAUCUUCGAGUACUAUGGUGCUGGAGGAGGUCUUGCUGGAAUUGAGCUAUUUCAGGAUGACAUCUUCGCGUUUGCAUCGACUGAGCUAAAUGAGCCGACGUGCGCUUCAAGUUCUGCUGAUGCCAGGUCAACCUCCACUGCCACAGGCCCAUGGACGGCGAUUGAUAAUGACGCAGUUGAUUCUGAAUACUUAUCAGUAAAUCUCGACGCAACUGAGCUUUCGACAGCAAGGGUGGUCUUCGAACCCCACAUUCAACAAUCGGGCGAUACCCGUGGACAAAUCAAUGUAACGGGCACGUAUACAGCAGAUGGGACUGCCGAAAGCCCUGUGAUUUUGUUUCAGACGAACGACUAUGACAAAUACGAUACUGUGUAUCGGGGCAGAGUUGACGCCUCUGAGAGCGGCUUCCGACCUAGUGUUACUCUCACCCCGGCCUCGUCUCAGUCCUUUUCAACUGUGAAUAUUGUGGCCCAAAAGGUCCAAUUCCAGUUGUGGAACAACAUGACGAGCAGUGGCAGUGGUACCACUAGCACUGAGAGUACGGGGACAACAGACCUGAACGGCCUUUACGAGUUUGAUCCCACACAGACUGGCACGCCCACCGCGUCGGAUAUUGCAAGCUCCGUUGUCAACUCUGCUGGGCGUGGCCUGGGUCCUAGCGCUACGGUCAUUGCCAUGACUGCGAAAGACGAUAUCACCUAUGUCGCGGGUAAUUUCAGCGCAGACGAUGGGAGCUUCUUGUACUUCUUCUCGAUUGGCCCUGAUGGGCCCAUCACACCAUCGAAGGGGGGAUUGAACGGCACUGUUUAUUCCAUGCUUCUUGCGGAUGAUAUUUUAUACGUCGGAGGAAACUUUCAAAACACCAACACCGAGUCAACCGACGGCGUUGGUUUCGUUGUGGGGUAUGAUACCACUAACAAUGAGUGGGUGACCCUAGGCGCUGGCGUGAACGGCCGUGUCAUGGAUAUCGUGGCCCUCAGUGUGAAUGUGAGCUCUGGGACACAAGAAGCUAUCGCUAUCAGUGGUGAUUUUAAUAGAAUUGAAGCAAGCGGGAGCUCUGCUGCUUUGGACGUCGACGGCUUUGCUGUCUGGGUGCCUUCUCAGAACCAGUGGUUGGAAUUGAUGGACGGAGACAGAAUUGCCAUUCAGGGGGUUCUGUCUGCCUCUGUUUCAAUUCCUAACGAUAGCGUCUUAUAUGCUGGGUCUAUCUCCUCGCAGAGCUUGGAAGCAUUUGGAGCUGUUACCAUCACUGACACAGAUCCAAACACGCUUCAGCCGCUCCCAAUGAUAAUUCAGGAAACAUCGAGCUCCAGUCUAAGACGGCGUACAGUGGUCUCUGCCGAUUACCAGGGCGUAGUUACAGGUGCUUUCUAUAAUGAAGGAAGUGCAAAUCUGACGAUCCUGGGAGGUCAUUUUACUGCAGAGGCAACAGCUGGUGGUACGGUUAGCAACCUGGCGGUCAUCAAUGGCGCCUCCAAUGAUUCGGUGACUGGGUUCGGAACCGAAAUCAACAACUCGAGCGUAGUCAUGACGCUUGCAAAGGUUGACGCUCUUCUAUUUGUUGGCGGCUCGAUAGAAGGCACAGUUGGUUCUACUGAUGUUAAGGGAGUGGUCGUUUGGGACAUGUCUACCAAUGCGCUUGCCAGUGAACAACCCGUUGGCCUGGAAGGCGAUGCCGUUGCGGUAUACUCAAUCAAUAGGCGUCCAAAUACCCAGGAGAUCUUUGUUGGUGGAGCUUUCAGCUCAGCUGGCUCUCUCCCUUGUCCUAGCUUGUGCGUCUUCGACAAUUCUGCCAAACAAUGGACCAAUAUUGGGGGUGAUGUGAACGGUACUGUUAAUAUUAUACUUUGGCUGGAUAAUGAUAGCCUCCUCGUUGGGGGUGACAUGACGCUUAACAACACCGCUACUUAUCUGGCGGUUUAUAGCGCAAAGUCGAGUGCCUGGGAGGCCUUUACGGGUGAUAUUUCGAACAUCCCCGGACCGGUGCAGAGUAUCGCGUUUGACUCGUCAGCGAAGGAUUCGUUCUUUAUCUCAGGAGUUACGGUAUCGGACGGAUCUGCGUACUUGAUGAAGUAUGGUAACAACAACGAUAACAAGUUUAUUACCGUGGAUGGAUUGGGUGAUGGCUCGACAAUCAGAAAUGUCCAAGUUCUCGAACUCAGCACAGAACAUGCCAGCACCGACUCCCUAAGUUCAAGUCAGUCACUUCUCGUCAUGGGAUCGCUGGAUCUUCCCUCUUUCGGCAAUGCCUCUGCGGCCCUAUACAACGGCAGCAACUGGACGCCAUUCCUUUUGGCCUCUAAGGAGAAUGGUGAACGAGGUUCUGUGGCAUCUCUAUUUUCAGAGAAUGAACAAAACUUUAAUUCUGGCCGCAAAAAACUCGCAAGGGGAUUCGUAAUCCUAAUAUCACUAGCGAUUGCGCUAGGUCUUGUGUUUUUGAUAGUUGUUUUGGGCGUUCUGUCAUCUUACCUUAGACGACGACGAGAGGGAUACUCACCCGCACCUACACGGGCAUCUCCAGUAGAACAAUCGAUGCAGAUGCAAUCAAGGCUUUCACCAGCUGCCCUGUUUGGCAGUAUCGGACAGAAUUCAGCAGGGUCACCAGGAUCAAGACCAAUGUUGACGUAG